AUGAUGUCUUGUCCUUUCUCUGGAAACUCUUCUGCUGGCAUGAAAUGUCCAAUCACUGGUGCAUCAUCCACCACAAAUGAAGCAACCACUAAUGAUUCCUCUAUUGAUGCUUGCCCAGUCAUCCAUGCUGUGAAUGAAGAAGAAGUGCAACAAGUUAAACAAGAAAAGAAGGAAUCUACUUCCGAAGCCCAACAAGAAGAAGAACAACCACAACAAGUUGAAGCCAAUGAAGAUGCUACUGACCAUUCUGUAACUAAAGCAUUGGAAGCAUUGAUGAAAGAGUCCGAUGAAAAAUCCGAAAUUCCUAGCGUAGCAGAAUAUCAAAAAUUGAGAAGAACAACGGCCAUCAUUACCGGAUUCUAUGCCAAAGGAACUGAAGCAAAGAGAGAACAAUAUGAAAAUGUGAAAGAAAGUCUCUCUCGUUUAUAUGGUGAUGAAGAGCAAUGCAAAGCUCAAAUCUCCGCUCUUCAAAAAUAUGAAAAAUUUAAAGGUCACCUCAAAUAUAAGGAAUAUAUGGAGAAUUAUCAAGAUGAAUUGAGUAAUUUGCAAGCUCAAAAAGCAAAACUCGAAGAAACUGCCAAACAUUAUUAUGACUUGCAUAUUUGGUCGCAAGAAAUCGUCAAGAUUUGUGAAUGGCUCGAACAACAUUUGGACUAUUAUGCUUACAAGACAAUUCCUGAUCUACCAGUGGAUAAAAUCUUUAAAGGAGUUAUUCCUCAAGCACCUCCAGAACUAACUGCUGAAGAAAAAUUCAAGUACAGUAAGGGUUUAGAUGAAAUUUGUCACAACUUGAACGAAAGCAGAGAUUUCUUUGAGGCCUCUGUAGAUGGUAGACUUAAUCGUUAUCAAGAAAUUGAGCGUGAAAUUAUUUUAUGUCAAUUAGAAUCUCUAGCUCAAUCACCCAAAGAAGAUAAUCCUCGUCGCGAUUAUAUAGAAUCUGAAUUGAGACAAGAUUUGGCUCAUGUUGAAUCUCAACUCAAGGACAGCGAACGCCCAGAAACCCAAAAGAGAAGACAAUUCAUGUUGAAAAUGCACAAAGAAUUUAUUGAUGUCUUGAGCUUCUUUAGGGAGACUCUUGGAGUGUUGAAUGACAGCAAUAUUCCUAAAAAAUACGAUGAAAGAUAUACAAGCAAAUUCACUCUUCCUGCCGAUGAGUAA